AUUGAUAUAUACAACCUGCGUUGCCAUACACAGCGCCUCUUUUGUAAAGAACGGCUAUUGAAACGGGAUACUCGCUUAAGGUUUUGAAUUCAUGGUUGUUUUAAUAUCAGUAAAACAAAAAUAGGGAUAAUUUAAACUUUAAACCACAUUCUUAUUGUUUUAAGUGAACAAAAAUUGUUUACGAUUAUUUUUGAUUUUCAAGACCCACUGCUAGUGAAAAUGAGGACAUAUACAUAACAGAAUUAAGGGAUCAUCAUUAUUUUUCAUGCUGAUGAACAUAUGGAUUUACUUGUAUACUAAAAGAAUUUAAGAACGGAAAACUUGUGUCGUAAUUUCGCAAGUUGAUAAACUUUUUUCUUUUAUGGAAUAAGAUCCUUCAUUAAAUAGGACUCUAAUUCCGUUUGUAACUACCAUGGGCUCAUUAGAUUGGAAUCACGUACAGAGAGACAUAGAAGAAAAAUUACGUCAGAAACCCGCGGAUGACGUCAAAAAGAAGAUCACUAUUCCAGAUCCGGUUCCGGCCGGAAAUCAUCUCGCGCAUUUCAUCCGGUCAAUUCAUUGGAAUUCCAAAGGAAUGCUUCCAUCGACAGCAGGAUCACAGCGCACAUAUGACAAAUACAACACUGUAACCCAUCUGUCUUUUCAAGGUCCUGACGGUUUCGUAAUUAAACCAGGAGAGGCGUCCGGGGGAUUCUUGAGGAAGAAGGAGACUGUCGAGGAUCUGAUGUUGUCCCCAAGGAACCAGAUUUUCAAUCGAUGGAAGGUUCCUGAACGAAUGUUGGAGUCUGCCCCACCCGGCAGCAAACCCUUUACGCCACAGGAGGUGGAAACAUCUGUUCAUGUUCCAUCAAUUCCACCGACGCCGGCGAAGGCCCAGGGUACACCAUUGCCGGCCACACCAAUGGCACCAAAACAAAAAUUGAGCCCGGCUAUAUCAAGGAUGUCACGGGAAAUGUCACUGCCUAAUAUUAAGAUAAAAACCACACCCGUCCCGAGAGUAGAAUCGAGAAACGGACUACAGUUAACAGGUUCAGUGGGAUGUAAAACACCAAAAUCAGCGGAGAGGCCAAUGAGACCCGAGCCAGUGGUUCCACAAAGGUCAAAGACUAUGUUCGUGGAAACACCACGGAAGAAGAGCAGUGCGGAGAAUGGUAUACGACUGAACUCUGCUCUUCUCCCGGAGGCCGUACCACAGGCAGAAGAGUGGAUGAAACACGCGGACAAAGCCGACAAGAAGGUUAUAGAGCGGAUAUUGAAAAUGGCCAGCAAGAAGCAUGAGCUGGAGAAAAGCUUAAAGAAAUCUCUGUUACCUGAUGCAAAAGAUAGCGUGGAAAAAUGGAUGAAAGACGCUAACGCAGAAGGCCAAGACAAAGAAAAAGAGCGACAGGUGGCUUUGAAUUUCUUCAACUCUCUAGCUGGUGGGCAGCUUAUGGGAAUGACUGUUGAAAGCCAGAGGAAACGUCUAAAAGAAGUACUUAACACACUUGAGGAAACAAAGCCUGGUGUUCCUUCUUAUGGCAGACUGAAGAAAAAUACAAGACGCCGAAAAGAGACGAUCAGUGACGGAAAACUCCGAUACGUUCGUCUACUUACUCCCGAUACACGAGAAAACCGUUGGAUGCAUACGACUUGGCAUCACCUACCCGAAUACAGAGAUGACAAUAUUGUUAACAACUGGAGCUCCCACUACAUCCGGCCACACGAGCCAACUCCCCGACAUUUUGUCAUACAUCCCGACUGGGGAUAACUAACUCAACUAACCAAUAGUUCUAAUGACUUUUUAUUGAUAUAUUUGUUAACAAUUUCUUAAUACUUUAUGUAAUAAUAGGCUUGUGCGAAUUCGUUAAAGAUGUAGAACUAUUGUUAAUUGUUUCAUAGUUUAAGUGUUACUAGUUUACUUGGCGUCAAAGAAAUCACUGUCGUCAAAGAUGUUGCAUAUGAAGAGUGUGUCGGUAAAAGAAAUGUUUCAGAGCUUGGGCAAUACCAUUUGAAUAAAAUGCUUUUAUAUUCUAUAAAAGAUAUAUCUAUCACCCUUAAAGUACGAGAGAUAAUGUUGCCUUCAGCUAGUUGACCUGUAAUGACAAUCGGCAAUUUCCGCACGAUUACGUACUCUUCAGACACGUGCAGCGUGUUGGAAUGCCGAAGAAGGAUACUGAGAUACGUUAUUUCAAAAUUGACGAGAGUCGUUACAGGCCCAUUACAUUAAUUAUAAACUAUUUUGGUUUAUCAUAAAUACCUUCUAGAAAUUUAUACUGCGGCAGCCAUGCUAUAACUCCUAAUGUUGUUUUGCAACAUAUGACUUGGACAAUGGUGACUUUGCGACAGGAACGUAUUAAUAAGAUUAUUGCAUAUCUUUAAACGAGAUCAAAGUAGAUGUAUUUAUAUGACUUUUUAUUUAUUUUUAUACAGUUUUACCUUUUUUAUUUAUCUUUAAAAUUGAUAUAUACCAGCUAUAAGCAGAGUGUUGCCUAAUGCUUUUCUAAACAGCUUUUGCUUAAAUGUUUCUAUUCAUGUUUUUUCUUGAUAAUAUAUAUUUGUCAUCUUUUGUGAUUAUUUUUUUUUCUUAUUAAAACAACAUGUUUAAGGACUGUCAUUUUUUGUAAGAUUCGGUUUAAGUUCUUUAUCAGUGAGAACACUGCCAGUGAAAUAUCAUUUAUUUCUUAUGUAAAACGUGUUUUGCUUUUCAGCCCUGCAGUUCAUACGUAAUGACGUCAUAAAUUUAUAUAUAGAAUAUAUGUGGUCUGAUGUAAAAAAAAAACUGCCAUACAUGCAGCGAAGGAAUAAUGUAGCAACACAAUCAUGAGACAUAUUUGUAAAAAAUCAGAUAUUCAGCGGUUCCAAUAAAGCCAUAUUCGCACGAGAGAUCUUACACACUGAGACACGUAAAUGUCGUGCCUGUUUCCUUUAUCUUUUGUUAAUUUUGUUUGCGUUUAAAUAAUGAAUUGUGGAACGGUAUUUCCAUCAGUUUUCGGCUUUCAAAGUGAUAUUCAAACACUAAGACCUUAACUGUGAUAUUAAUUUUAGUUGUUUGUGUAACUGAAGGUUUUCCCAACUACUCUCUCAUCUUUUUGUUUACAUGGAAGUAUAUUGUUCAUUCUCUUUUUUUCGUAAAUAUAUUAUUUUCAUUUUUCAGUCUUACUUCAUGCUAUUUGCUUAGAAAAAUGCUUUAGUUAUUCUAAACAUGUCUACGUUGUCAUGAGCUUUUUAUAAUAUACAUAUGAAUAAAAAUAAUUGUAUCGUUUUAUGUGCAUUUUGACAGUAUUUAUACUUGUUGUAGUAUUUAAAGAGUACACUGUGAUACUGUAUGUUAUGUUAUUUCAUGGUUUGAAAUCAAAGAAUAAACUUUUUAUCAAUAUA